AUGAUUGACGAAAGUACAGAUAUUACUACUACAAAGCAUUUAGAUAUAUAUGUUUCAUAUAUAACUAAAGAGGGAAUUUCAAAAACACGCUUUUUAUGUCUUGUACCUUUAACUAAUUCUAAUGCAGAGGGAAUUACAAAGGUUCUAGUUAGUAUUUUUAAGACAAAGAAAAUUUUAUUCAAACUUGUAGCAUUUGUUUUAGAUGGUGCUUCAGUUAUGUUGGGAAAAAAUGAAAGUGUAGCUGCAAGACUUUCUAGAAUAUGCACUUAUCCUUUAAUUAUUAAUCAUUGUGUGGCUCAUAGAUUAGCUUUAGCAUGUAAAGAUGCAAAGAAAGAAAUUAAAUUUUAUGAAGAAGUUGAAUUCUUAGUCAAAAAAAUUUAUAAUUAUUUUAAAAAUUCAUGUUCACGUAUUCAACAACUGCAAGAAAUCCAAAAUCUUUUAGAUGAUCCAGUUUUAAAGAUAAAAAGAUUAUAUGAAAUACGUUGGCUUGCAUGGUAUGAGGCUAUUAAAAAUAUUUAUCCUAUGAUACAGGCUACAAUUAAUUCUAUUCAAAAAGAAUAUAUUCUAAUAGACCAAAACCAAAGAUUUGGACGAAAAGUUCAGGCAUUUAUUGAUGAAACUUAUCCAUUUAGAAAUUCUGUAAUAACAUAUAUGGAUAAUGAUGUUUCAUUUGUUGAACAAGAUUAUGAUGAUUUUAUAAUGGAUAUAUAUGAUUAUGCAACAAGUUUUGGAAAUAAUGAAUUAGAAAAUUUAUUAAAGCAUUUUGAACAUCUGAAUUUCUAUGAUAAUGUUCAAUUACCAGCACUUUUUGAUAUUAACAAAUGUAGAGAAGAAUGGCCAGGAUUUAAAAUGAUUAUUACAAAUAGUUUUUCUUCCAACGAUAUAGAGACAAUUCUUCCUUUAUUAAUACAAGAUUACAAUGAUGUAUUUUCAAAUCUUAUCAAAUUAAUUCAAAUAGUCUACUGUAUUUUCUUUUCGAGUAUUGAAUGUGAGCGUGGUUUUAGUAAACAAAAUAAAAUCAAAACUAAAGAUAGAAACUCAUUAGCAACAAAUACAUUAGAUAUGUUAAUGCGUAUCUCUUUGGAAGAACCAGAAAGUUUGAAGUUUAAUUAUGAUCGUGCAUAA